ACACAGCACCAUGCCCAGCUCCUCCGAGGCAAGCAGCAAGGCCGUCGCGCGGCUCGCGACCGUGAGCUCCCACUUGGCAAGAAGGGGGGUGCACACGGCGCUGCGGGACCUCGCGCCGCGCUUCGAAAAACCCCUCCUCAUCCCCUUUGCCAACGCCGACGAGCCGCCCGUAUCCGGCUCACAUGUGCUGAGCUCGUGGAGCUCGCCCCCGGCCGCAGUGCUCAUCGUGCACAAGUCGGGCGAUGCGCGCGUCGACCGCGCAGUCGGCAAGGUCCUCGACUACUUUGCCGACACGUACGGCAUCAUUCGGAUCCUGGUCGAGCAGCACACGGCCGACGCGCACCCCACCCAGGACCUGGUGGUCUUCGAGCCUGACUCGCCCGACCUCUUCGCGCAGACCGACCUGGUCAUCACACUAGGCGGCGACGGGACGAUGCUGCACGCGUCGAGCCUCUUCUCGCAGGGCGAGUGCCCGCCGGUGCUGUGCUUCUCGAUGGGCUCGCUCGGCUUCCUCCUCCCCUUCCCGAUCGAGUCGUUCAUCGACGUGCUCCGCGCGACGCUGCUCGGGCCAGUGUCGAUCCUCUACCGCAUGCGGCUGGCAUGUACCCCGCUCGACAAGGACGGCAAGGUGCUCGCGCGGUGCAGUCGAUCGCAUGCGCCCGCGGGGUGGCAGGUGAUGAACGAGGUUGCGCUCAACCGCGGCCGGCACCCACAAUUGGCCGUGCUGGACGCGUACCUCAACGACGAGUGUCUCACGACUGGCAUCGCGGACGGGCUGCUGCUGUCUACGCCGACGGGGUCGACAGCGUACAACCUCUCCUCUGGCGGGCCGAUAGCGCACCCCGAGGCCGACGUGCUUCUCCUCACGCCCGUCGCGCCGCGCUCGCUCUCCUUCCGGCCUGUGGUGCUCCCCGGCUCCGCGCGGGUAAGGUUACAGAUUGCGAACCGCGCCCGUGCGCCGGCACUGCUUUCUCUCGACGGCCGGGAUGUCGGCGAGCUAAGCGUGGGCGAGAGUGUUGAUGUGCGCCGCUCACCGUGGCCUAUUCCGUGUAUCGAGCGUGGUGGCGGCCCCGGCACGGGCUGGGUCAAGGAUAUCAACUCGUUGUUGCUGUUCAACACGGGCUUUGUGAACAGCCGAACGAUCCGCGACCGAUGAUACGGCCUCGUUUGAGUGUGGGUGCGCGUGCUCGACAAGUCGAGCGCGUCGGCCAGCGUCACACCAAGCUGCUCAUGCACGCACGAGAAACGCAUAGGCAUGCCCGGCGGCCGACAACAGUGUGUUUUGGGACUUUGAGAAGGAGGGGCGAGGCGGGGCGAGGAGAGGAGGGAGGUGGAUGCGGCACGCGCCGCCUCGUGAGCGACCGCGGCGCAGUACCUGG